AUGGUUACCUGUGCCAGGCUUGGGCUACGCGGCGGCGCCCGGCCCAUGCCGGCUCUCUUGACCGCGGCUCUUCUCGCCUCGCUGGCUCUGGUGCUCCUGCUGGCUCCCCACCACACCGGCGCUGUGGACCGGCGGGUUUUCAAGAAUUGCUCGCAAUCCGGCUUCUGUCGGCGCAUGCGUCGCGUCGGCGCCGACCAUCGGCGAUCUCUCUAUUCCACCGCCCACAAGGUUCCCUUUUCGGAAUCCCUCCACCAGCCUGAGUUUCUGGUCGACGAGGCUGGCUUGGGGUUUGCCUCGCGUCCACCGCCCGCCUUCCCGAACACCACGCCAUCGGAGUCCGGCUCGACCGACAUGCCGACCGGGGCCAGCUGGACCUAUGCCGCUGGGGCGGCUUAUGCGGUGGUCCCCGGCAGCUGGACCCUGGCAGAGGCCUUUGUCCAGGCUGCCACCAACGCGAGCGAGCCUGACGCCGACCCGGCGGCCGACUUUCUCCGGCGCAACCCGGCCAACGAUGAUGCGCUCCAUGUGUGGGACGCGCCGGGCCGCUCGCACGAUGUCCUCCCCCCGGGGGCGGCGGCCACCGAGUCCACUCGCGGACUUGGUCCGGACACGCUGCUCACUUUCCGGGUGGCGGCCACCGGGGACACCCGGGCGGCGCCGCUACUCGGCCGUGUGACAGCCAGCCCGACCGGCGCCGUGCGCUUGACCUUCGAGGAUGCCUCGCCCGGGGCCGUGCCGCGCUUCAGCCCGGCCCCCUUUACCAUUGUCAACACCCCGGCCGGGGCGCGCCUGCGCGUGGAACAUCUCCCCCAGGCCGGGUCGGUCCCGGGCGAAAGCUGGGUGGUGUAUGCAGGGCCGGCCGGGGCCGCGCGUCUGGCUCGCCUGACCGAUGACCCGGCAUGCAGCGAGUUCCCCUCGGUCGAGGCCUGCGCCGCCUCCCUUGCUGACCACCGGCCCUCUUCCGACAGCGAGUCCCUUCACUAUGCCCUGAUCAUCAGCCACACGCCGCUGCGUGCCCGCCUCUCGGUUGUGGUCCCGGCAACUGGCGGCCGGCCCGAUUGGUCGACCGGCCACCCUGCCCCGGCUGCCACUCGGGAAUACCCGGCCUCCUGGCCGUGGCUCGAGGUGGAUCGCCUGCUCGAGAUCAAUGCCCAGGAACGCCUGUGGGCCGAACUUUCGCGCAACAAGACAACGACCCCGCCCGCCGGGUCGCGCUCGGAUCGCUUUGACGACGAUGGCGCCUGGGAGGAGGACUUCCUGGAGUUCCAUGAUCCGAAGCCUCGAGGUCCCCAGGCGGUGUCCGUGGAUGUCACUUUCCCCGGGUUCUAUGGCGUCUUUGGCAUCCCAGAGCAUGCGUCGGACUUUGCCCUGCAGGACACAUUCCUUGGCGACCCCUACCGGCUCUACAACCUGGACGUCUUCCAGUAUGUCCUCGACAGCCCAAUGGCCCUCUAUGGAUCGGUGCCACUGAUGAUCGCCCAUGGGCAUAUGGCUAAUCGGCCGGCCGCCCGGCGCCCCCGCCGGUCGGUGGGCCUCCUGCUGCUCAAUGCCUCGGAGAUGUGGGUCGAUGUGGCCCAUCGUGUGCCCUGCGGCAGCACCUCCGUCACCCCGCUACUGCCGGCACCCCCGGUCUCCGUGGUCCUGGAUGACAUCAUCAUGGACAUGCCGGACGACGCGGUCAGGGACCCUUCGGACUCUUCCCCCAGGCCGACGCCCCCCGUGACUCUCAUACCGGCGCCCCAUGUUCCUGGCGGGAUUCUGCCCUCAUGCGGCCAGGCCGACCAGUGGGAGGAUCUCGGCGUUGACAGCCAUUGGUUCGCCGAGGCCGGCCACUUGGACAUGGUGAUGUUCCCUUCGUUCGAUCCCCCGGCCGCGGCCACUGACGAUGCCGACUCCGCCCCCACGGCCACGGCCUCGGUCCUGCGGCAAUUCACCCAUGUCACCGGCCGGCCACAGCUUCCGCCCAUCUGGGGGCUGGGACAGCACCAGUCGCGCUGGAACUACAACGACCAGACGGAUUUGCAGCGUGUCGAUGCCAUGUUCGAUGCCCAUGCCCUGCCGAAUGAUGUGCUCUGGCUGGACAUCGAACAUACCGAUCGCAAAUGCUACCUCUCGUGGGAUCGCGGCCGCUUCCCCGACCCGGUGGCCAUGCAGCAGUCUUUCGCCUUUGCCGGUGGUGCACGGACCAUUCGCGAGGAUGUCCCUCCCUCGGAUGCCUCCUCCGAUGCUGACGCCUCUUCCGACUCCAGCUCCGCCUCCGAUUCGGACCUCUCCUCCGAAGCGGACUCCUCCUCCGACCUGAGUGCGGAUCUGCCCACGGGCUCCGCCGGCGAGCAAUCCACCGCGGUGGUCGUGCCCGGGGCCGGGGCCGGUCGUCGUCUGGUGACCAUCAUCGAUCCGCACCUGCGUGCUGGCGAACUUCCCCCCAAGUAUUACGGCUUCGGAGAGCCGCGCACCGAGCAGUCGGAUGAGACCCGCUCGGAGCUGCUGCGCCAGGUUUUGACCGCUCGUGCUCAGGGGGCCCUAAUGGAGCCUGCUUCAUCGGGUGGCGUGACCGCCGAGCGUCCUUCGGCCCCCGGGCCCUUUGAUGAAUUGGAUGUCGGGGAUCUCUUGCGGUCACUGCGUCUGGAUGCUGGCUGGAGCCAGUACACCCGGGUGCUGGACCGCUGCCAGGGCGAUGCGGACCGCCUGCAUCGGCUGGUUCUCGACCGGUUGGAUGUCCUACUGGCGCACAAUGGCACCGGCCCGGAGGAGAGGUCGUCUACCGGCACGAUCGAGGGGUCUGCCCCCUCGACCGGCGACGGCGGCGGCCUGAACAUCGGCCCCCCCACACCGCCCCUGGCCCCGGGGAAUGACCAUCAAGCGCCGAACUCCGGCUGGGUGGACGGCGAGUGCGGCAUCUAUGAGGCCUCUCGGCGCUUGGGGUUCUUGGUGCGGGAGCCGGCCCCCCCGGCACCGAGCCCGCCGGCGCCGGAACCGGAGGUCCCAUCAUUGCCCAAUGGCGGCCCGCUGGUGGAUGACACUCCGCCACCCUCGGCGGAGGCGCGCGCCAAUCGGCGCCUGCGCCGGCGCCUGCAACACGCCGAGGAGGCCAUCUGCGACUUGGGCGAGGACAAUGUUCGACUUUUGGCGCGCGGGCUCUACGCCCUGGCGGACAUGGUCCUCCGGCAGCUGGACCACCGGUCCGGCGGGGUGCCGGUUGGCUUCCGGGAUUUCCACGGCCAGUGUUGGCCUGGGCGGUCCUCCUGGCCGGAUGUCCUCCGGCCGGAGGUCCGCCGGUGGUGGUCUAGCCGCCUGAGGCUGGACCGCGGUGGCCCGACCGAGGACGGGGUUUACGGCGCCUCGACACCGUGGCUCUUUGUCUGGAAUGACAUGAACGAGCCCUCCGUUUUCAGCGGCCCAGAGAUCACCAUGCCGAAGGAGCUCCUGCACGGCGGCGGGGCAACCGGCCUGCCGGAGUGGGAGCAUCGCGAGGUGCACAACCUUUAUGGGCUCCUGCAUCAUGCGACGACAUAUGCAUCGCUGCUGCACCGGGAGCUGGCCGGGUUUUCCGUUGCCCGGGCCCCGGCCCGGCCGUUUGUCCUGUCGCGGUCCUUCUUUGCUGGCAGCCAGCGCUUCGGUGCCAUUUGGACCGGCGACAAUGAGUCCUCCUACAGCCACAUGAGCUCGGUGGCCCCCUUCAGCCUGUCGCUUGGCUUUGGGGGGUUCCCCUUCUCCGGGUCCGAUGUCGGGGGGUUCUUCGCGGACCCGGACAACGAGCUGAUCGCCCGGUGGUACCAAUCGUCGGUCUUCAGCUCGCCCUUCUUCCGGGUUCACGCACACAUGGACACGCGCCGGCGCGAACCAUGGACACUGACCGAGCCCUUCCUGUCGUCCAUUCGCCUGGCACUGGACACGCGAUACCAGCUGCUGCCCUAUUGGUAUACGCUGAUGUAUCGGGCCCACUUGACUGGUGAGCCGGCCCUGCGACCUGUCUUCUGGGAAUUCAAUGGCGACGACCUUCAGCGAGGGGCGACCGCCGCCGGGGCCGCCACCAAGGGCCCAUCCAUGGAUGAGGGUCUCCUGCAUGUGUGUGCAGAUGCCGGGCGAAAGGCGCAUGGUGUGCCCCCGGGACCGGGGGAUUCCGCCAUGCAGUCGGCCGGGCGUGGGGAGCAUCUCCUCGGGCCAGCGCUGCUGGUCCGGCCCAUUCACAAGCCCACCAAUCAGACCGGCUUGCAGGGGGCUCCCGACAUUGACCCGGACACGGGGCUGGUGGAUGUCCUGCUGCCGGGCCUCGGUUCCGGGCACACUCGCUGGUAUGACUAUUGGAGCUUGCGGCCGAUGGAGGCUGCCACCGGGCAAGCCGGCGGCCUUGGCAGGGGGGAUUUGGUCCGGGUCCCGGUGUCGGCGGCCGCGGUGCCGGUGUUCCUGCGUGGCGGCCAGGUGCUUGCACGCAAGGACCGCCCCCGCCGGUCGUCAGUCCUGUCCGGCGCCGAUCCCUACACACUGGUGGUGGGGCUGCCCGGGGUCGCGCGAGCUGGCCCGGGCGGCUUGAGCUCCACUGGCGGUCGCACUCGGUGCCCCCUGGCCCGGGGCGAGAUUUACCUGGAUGACGGGUGGUCCGAGGCUCACCGGGCACACUUUGGCGGCGCAUGGGCUCGCAAGCGCCACGAAUUGACUGUUGACGCCCUCCCGCCGGCGGGCCAGGGGCCCUCGACGGCGGUGCUGCGCCUGUCCAACGCCGACCUUGGCCCCGGCGCGGCGGCUGCCCGGCAGAGCCUCCUCCGGGCGGCCAGUGCAGGCCCCCGCUCCUCCUCCUCCUCCUCCUCCACUUCAGGGAGCCGCCCACAGGACGAAGACCCGGUGGCCCACGCACCGAUGUUGGAUCCCCGGGCCCCGGUGGAACGGGUGGUGAUUCUGGGCGCGACACUUUCGCGCGCGGGCCCCGGCCAGGUCGCCGCCUCGUUGCGGGCCUUCGCGAUUGACUGUGACGCGGCUCGGCACCGGCUGGGCGCUCCGCCGGGCAGCCCCUGCCCGGAUGCCCUGCCCGAGGAGAGCAGCUCACCAGGUGACUGGUGGUGGCCGGUGGGCAUCGAUCACGAUCCCGGGCGCCAGUGGCUGACAGUCCACCGGCCGGGGAUCACCAUCUCCGGCGAUUGGGUGCUCGUGAUUUCGGCCCCGCUCGAGGGGUAUCCGUGUGUGUGAUUUGCCGCGUGAUCCAUCCCAUCAUAGACCGCCUUCGAUG